AUAAAUCCUCUCAUCGAACGCGAGAGGUAUUUGCGCGAAUUCGGAUAAUAACAAUGAGUGUAAUUAUUUAACGUUUUAUAGUUUCGCUGCCUCAUGCAGUAGUCUGUUGGGAAUGCUAUUUGCAUGUGGGCAUUUUAAAAUGAUCAGUGACGUUGUGAAAUUGAUGUGGAUAUUGUGGAAGCCGGAAGAUUGUUCGGAGAAAAUGAACCGGACAUCGGUUACCACGUCCACGUUCCUUACUUCAACGUAAGUCUUUUAUUAUUAAUUCCUAAAGUAACAUAAGAAAUAAUUUUAUAAUGCCAUGGGUUUCCCCAUUAACCUUUAUCUUGUCUCUCGUUCAGUCUUUCUCAAUGUUUCUCUCGAAAGCGGAAAGCGUCGAAAGAGCUUUUCCCUCAACAGACAGUCACCGCCCGCAUUACGACAUUCCAACAGCGAAGAAGUAGAAGAAACGUUGAGGAAUGACGCAGCCCACAGUUCAGCAGCAGCCUCUAAUUACACAAACUGUGAGGAGAUGCGUGAUAUUGAGGAAGUAUCAACUGAAGAGGUACAACACAGCCGUUUCCAUGCCAAGCCCUUCGACAUCCAUUUCUUGCUCGAAAGCUAUCCCGUAGUGUAACAGUAAGGGUGGCGGGCACGAACAGUCAGAUUUCUAUGGGGAAGACAAACGCGACGAAAAGGAAGAGGAGGACGUCGUAGGAGAAGGAGGGGAACAAUCGAGCGUAUCGGAAACUUCCGUAGUUAGAGCUA